AUGUCCAAAAAAGUGCCAAAGUUUGCAGACUCCAAUGAAAAACCAACAAGAAAGAAAAAGUCAAAAAGUGCAGAGUACUAUAAGAUGAGAUUCAGGAAAACUUUUGCACAACUGGUAGAAGAAGAUGCAAGUUUUAGACCAGAUCCACCCAAUUAUUUAUCAGCUCAAGUACCACCGUCAAAGUUUCCCGAACGACAUUUUUGCGCUGUAUGUGGAUUUCCUUCAAAUUAUACCUGUAUUCCAUGCGGCGCGAGAUAUUGCAGCGUCAAAUGCCUUGGCACACAUUUAGACACAAGAUGCCUCAAAUGGACUGCUUAG